GGGUCAGACAUUGGAUCGUCUGGCUGGACAGCGGGCAUCGGGUCACCAGGCAUCAGCAGGCACCGGGUCAUCUGGCGCUGGAUCGUCUGGCUCGACAGCGGGCAUCGGAUCACCAGGCAUGACAGCGGGCACUGGGUCAUCAGGCAUUGGAUUGUCUGGCUCGACAGCGGGCAUCGGGUCACCAGGCAUGACAGCAGGCACUGGGUCAUGAGGUACCGGAUCGUCUGGAUCGACAGCGGGCACCGGGUCAUCUGGCGCUGGAUCGUCUGGCUUGACAGCGGGCAUCGGGUCACCAGGCAUGAUAGCGGGCACUGGGUCAUCAGGCAUUGGAUCAUCUGGCUCGACAGCAGGCAUCGGGUCACCGGGCAUGACAGUGGGCACCGGGUCAUCAGGUACCGGAUCGUCUGGCUCGACAGCGGGCACUGGGUCAUCAGGCGUGAUAGGAUCAUCAGGCUGGAUCAGUUCAUCAGGCUGGGUACAGACAUCAGGCUGGGUACAGACAUCAGGCUGGGUACAGACAUCAGGCUGAAGUGCGGGUGCGGGUGCCGAGGCAGGCACCAGGCU